AUGCGCCUCGCCGCCCCGCUGCUCCUGCUGCCGGCCCUGCUGCUGCUGCUAGCCGCGCUCCCCGUCCGGGGCCGCCGGGAGCCCCCCGCGCCGGGGCCGCCACUGGCCGCGCAGGGCCCCGCCAACGCCAGCCGGCCGCCGCCGGAGCCUCUGGGCGCCCCCGGGAACCACAGCGGCGCCCAGGUCAGCCUCCUGCCCGCGCUGCUCCGGGACCUGUCCGCGCUCAAGGCCGCAGUGAUCGGGGCGUGCGUCCUCAGCGCCGGCCUCAUCGGCUGCCUGCUGCUGCGGGUCUGCAGGUCUGGCAAGAGGAUUAAGAAGACACGGAAGUACGACAUAAUCACGACCCCGGCUGAGCGAGUAGAAAUGGCCCCUCUGAACGAAGAUGAGGAUGAUGAUGAAGACUCGACAGUGUUUGAUGUGAAAUACAGGUAAAGCUGUUCCAUGGAUCGCUGGUUCCCUGUGAGAAGUCAGCUGUCGAGAGCCCUGCUGAAGCCUUAACUGUGAAGGAGAAGCUUUCAUCUCUGCAAUAUUGAAACCAAAACAAACAUUGCCUCCGCCGUGAUGUUAUUUAUACAGCACACAGCAGCGGGGUGUUUGAUUCUCUGCCCAAAAUAUCACUAUUAAACUCCUAGUUUCCAAACUUCCACAGUAGAAUGACCUGAGAUCCUCCUCGUAGACUCUGCUCUGUUGCUUGAAGAGGCUGUGGGGUUGCUAAAGCAUAUGGGGUGAAUACAGCACUGUGUAUAGACUUUCAGCACUCACUGGUCCAAAUACAUUUUGUAAAAGGAGGGAAAACCCCCCAAAAUCAGACCCCAAAAGACUUUCUUCUCUAAAAGCUGAAUCCGAUACUUUUGGUCUCUGUUAAACAGAUCUUGUGUUUUAAAGACUUGGAAUUGUAUGAUCCUGGGCCUAGAGAAAUACUUGCCCAUCUCUAUGAAGGCUGGUGGCUGAAACUGUGCUGAAAUGUUAGUGUGUGUGGUGUUGGGUUCUUUAUUAUUUUUUUUUUAUUUUGUGACUGUUGUAAAAAAUUGUAAUGACUUGCUACUGAUUUUUAACAAUUGCACUAAACCCUCCUAUAAUGAUGUACUCAUUUUCCAAUAGAGCGCUGGUCAGACUUACUUAAAUAACAUGAGACCAUAGGGAAGCAGAAAAACUAGGCAAAUACUGUACUACAGGAAUCUUGGAUUAGAGGAAAUAGAUAUCUAUUUUUGUAAUUCCCCGCCCUUCAUAGGAAGUAAGACACUACAUUUUUUGCUAUCUUGUGUCCUCUCCUUGCUGUAACUCUUCUGCUAAUCACAUUUUUAAUCAAUCUUUUUACAAAAGAUCUGAUAUACAGUUGUUAAAUUGCAGGAAGAGAACACUGGUUCUCCCUGCCCCCGCUUGGAAACACUCAUGCAAAGAAUCCUAUCUGCACCAAACUGGAAAUCCCCCCCGCCACCCCCGGCUGGCUGCCAAAUCCUAUAUUACACUAAGAUAUGUUUUUCCCCUUGCUAUCUGCAGUGCUUUACAUGGUGGAGGGUAGAGCUGUGGGAUGGCUAUUUUUAAAAAACUAGAAUAUCUGUAAUCUAGGCUGAUUAAGAUCCAUAGCCUAUGAGUUCUGUGCAUAAAUUCGGUGCCAUUCUUUGAAAGCUCUGUUGAGUUCAAAGUUAUUAGUAUAGUUGCUCUGUUUUAUGGUGUUUCUGAAAAGCAGCUGCAGUUCUGAUGAGCUUUGCUUGACAUAUUGACUCUGUUAUUGUGCGUUCUACCAAUAUUUAUGUCAAAUACCCUUUUAUUUUGGGAUUUUAACCCAUCUGGAGCCUCUCUUGCCUUUAUGAUGUUAAAAUUACCUCCUGUUUUGGGAAUGUACCAACAUUUGCUUGGUGGGUUGUGACUGCUAAGAGUCUGUUGCAAAGCUGCCUCUCUGUAAUGACUGCUCAAAGGCUGCCCAUGAUAAUGCAUUCUGAAGUUCUUGAUUUGUUAUCAUGACAGUAGGUUAUACUACUCUCACUUGUUCGGAGCUUGCACCCUGAAUCAGCCUGGCAUAGAUACUGCACUCUUCACUCCACUUUGGCUCUUCGCAAGAAGGCCUCCGUGUUCUGCAAUAGCCGCUUGCAUUGACACAAGCAAAAUUGUUGCUGUCUUCUAACGAGCAUACAGUGCAGUUUGGUGGUGUCCCUCUGAGUCCUUGACUGAUGUAGCCGCAGCAUUCUAAAUUCCUUUCCCCUCACCAUCUGCUAAAUCAGAGUGUUUUGCCGCUCCAUGUUUCCUCUUGAAAGUGUAGCAAUGGUCAGAAAAGUGACAGAGUAAAAUGUUCACCUUCAUACUCAACAGAUCUACUUCCCGUGUGUCUGAUUUCAUAUCUGCUUGCUUUAUUGGCCUGUGCAUUUGUAUUCAUAUUGACUACGCAGAGCUUACACAGCUCUGGAAGAGGGAACUGGAUUCCAUUCUGCUUUAUGAAUCCUUGGCUAAACUUGAGUUCCAAGGGUGGAAUUGUUAUUGCUAGUGACAACAUGAUGGGCAGAACCCAGCUGCGUUUUCAGAUCCCAGGUGGAGUUUCCAGCACUGGCAGUUAGCAAAACUGGCCUCUGUUGACUUGGAGCACAUUUGCUCUGGGAGACACAGAGAAUGCAAAGGAACCUCCUGAUGGGAUUUCUGCUGUCACUUUUCAGACGGUUAAUGCACUUUGGGAGAGAAUCCCAUUCUGUACAGAGCAAUGUGGCGAAUAGUAUCGUGCAUUAAAAGAGGGAGCCAAGGCAAUUGGAAGUCAAUAAAAGGUGGUGGUGGAAAAUUCUUUGGUGCAAUUGUGCUUUCAUCUGAACUCUACCAAGAGAGUAUUCAGCAAAGGCUUUACAGCUGACCCAUGUGGGAAAGUUCCCACAGCAGAACUAAUAUUAGACAUGCAGGCAAUAUCAAUCUACUGUUAUUAUCCUUUUAUCAUGGAGUAAAUUCAAGUCACGCCAUGGUGCUGUUAUUGAGUAAUAUUUAAUGUGUCAGCUAAGAGGUAAAAGGUGGAGAAAUUGAUUAGGGUAGGUCCAAGCACACUGAGCUCUGGAUUGCAGGAACUGCAAGAGGCCCAUAGGCUAGGAUGACACACUAUGGCUUGGGAACACUUUCAAGACAGCAUAUUACAGAAAUGGACUAGAUGGCUCUCAAUAGGCAAUGUGAUGUCCCUUUGGAGUUGGUGAAGCACUACGAAGAAGAGCUGAGUUAUGGGAAGUUCUUGGACAGGUUGAGUCCUGAAGUGAAAAAUGGCAAUACUGGGUAGAAGGAUGGGUUAAAGCAUCGAUUACCUUGUUGCUGAAGGGGGAAAGAGGGUGGCAUGGCUACUCUCUCAGUGAAAGAGCCAUCAUGGCAUUGUGUUUGUACAUCCCUUUCAGAGGAGAAUUUAUGGAGAGCAUCUGGAGCUCCAGAGGACAUGUCCUUGGUCUGACAUGGCUUGUCUGGAGUAUCCUGAACCUUUUCUGGGACCGAGGGCACUUUUUACUGCUGAAGACCAGAUCAAGGUUCUGCAGAUGUAGAGAGAGGAGGAAAUAAGGCCAGUUUCAGUUUACCUGGUCUUUCAGAUGGUCUGAGCUAACUCUUGCUGAAGUCAGUGGGAGUCUGUCUCUGGGAUUUGUCAGGCCCUAUGAGCACUGCUGAGUUUAAGUAGGUCAGAGGCAGUCUGCCCGACAUGCCUAUGGCUAACAACCAAGAUUGUUUCUGUAGUCCUCCAGUGAACCUUUUGGUGGGGAACAGUGUGAUUUUUCUCUCCCCCUUCCUGCCCCCCAAAGGCACCAAGGAUGUAGAUGCCCAACUCUCUUUGGAAUUAGGGCAACUAACUCCCUUGGGCUCCUUUGGUAAAACCCAUCUGUGGGGUGUGUGUGUGUGUGUGUGUGUAUUUUAUAUAUACACACACACACACACACACACACACACUCUCUCUCUCUCUCUCUCUCUCUCUCUCUAAUGGUGUUGGAGGCCGGGGGAGAAAUGGGGUGCCUGAUGAAGGCAAUCAGGGCACCUUUACUAGUGUCAUUCAAGGUCAUGUCAAUGAACCUAAAUGCUUGCCUGAUGUUAAAUUGCUAUUGUAAACAUGGGACGAUAUUUACCUCUUAUCUAAAGGUCACUAUAUGUGAUUUCAGAUGUUUGUCUAGCUAAAUAUAUCUAUAGGUUUAUUUCAGUUAAGACUUUAAGAGCACUUGGUGUAACUCAUCUCUAUAGUGUAUAUAUAUAUAUGAAUAUUUUUUUAUAGGUGGUAAUUAGUUACAACAUAGCUUAAAUGAUUUUGGAAUAUCUAAUUUUAGGUUUCUGUUGAAGAAUGGCUAGCCAUUAACCACUAUAUUGAAGUAAUACAUGUUCUGUGUGUCUUAUACUGUAGAGUUCCAGUCUGGUUGUGAUUGUAACCUGUUUCAAUGUUUGCUGCUCUUUGUGUUGCAUAAUCUUAAACUUGCUUUGGCAGAGAGUGUUUUUUAAAGGCCCAUUUUUAUUUUAUAGAAAAUGGAGAAACACUAUAGUAUAACAUUCAUGUUAAAGUAUUUUGCUGAGUAGUAAGUUAAAUUUAAGUACCAGUUUAAUCAAACCAAUAGAGAGCAAGUAAACUAAAGUCAUUUUUACUGGAACAUGCCACAACACAGAGAAAUAUCCUACUUGUGACAAAUUACAGUCUCUCUACUCUGCUGACCAUAAUUCUUUUUGGGGAGGUUCCAUUUGAGAACCCACAAUGCUCAGCUGAUCAAAGGCUAUCCCCAGCUCUUUUCUCCCUCUGGGUCUGCCAUGUCUGCUCUUCUGAGAGAGAGGAAUCACUUGUGUAGAAUUACAUGCCUAUAUGGCCCUCUCAGCAAGCGGAUCAGGGGACGAGGUCCGUCUCACCAGAAGGAGUAAGUUGGAACUGGAUGUGACUUUUUCAGCAAAAGGCUGAAAUGAUUGCAAACCCUUUUUAUAAUCCUUUCUAGCUUAUAAACAAAGUUGCAUACAUCAGACUUUAUUCCAAGCACAAACUGACUUAAUGUCAGUAAAUGAGCACACAAGCUGGAGUGUAUUUGGAUAGCCACUUUUGUAAGUACCCUCUAAAUUACUGUUGAUGAUGUAAUUUCAUUGUGGACUUAAUUAAGAUUUCUCUUUUCAGUUUCUGCUUCUGCUGUUUUCGUUUGUGAUUUUGUAAGAACCACGCAUUCCUGUUUGUGCAGUCACCAGGCCAUUGAUGAAAAUGUUGAUUUAGAAUUUGCCCUUGUGACUAUAAGCGUCCAUUAAAAAAAAAAUGGUAAUGCAA